GGUCUGGUACUAGGAGUGUACGAGACGGAGAAGGAAGAGGACUCUCUCCAUCUAACUGAAGCAGCAGCUGGGGUCGACAGAGUUCUGUCUGGUAAACUGACUGAGCUGCUAAAGAUAUCAGGACCAGGUCUGAAGAAAGGGAAGAACAGAAUAUUCUACGGUCUUCAUGAGGACAUCCCGUGUAUAGCAGUAGUAGGUCUAGGGAGGAACUCUCUGGGUGUGUGUGGAAUAGAAUACUGGGACACCUGUAAGGAGAACAUCAGAGCUGCCAUAGCAGGAGGCUGCAGGGGGCUCCAGGACCACGCGUUGACCCAUAUAGAGGUGGAUGGGUGUAAUGACAGCCAGUCGGCAGCAGAGGGCGCUGUCCUGGGGCUGUUUACAUACGAUGACCUGAAAACCAAGAAGAAGACCAGAGUCACCACACAGCUACACGGCAGUGGGUGUGUAUCUGGCUGGGAGAAGGGUGUGUUGUACGGAGAAGGUCAGAACCUGGCCCGUUACCUGAUGGAAGCUCCAGCCAAUCACGUCACUCCGUCGGUCUUCGCUGAUACCAUCACACACAGACUGGCUCCCUACGCCGACCACGUCACCAUCCAUAAGAGGUCUCAAGAGUGGAUAGAGGAGCAGCAGAUGGGAGCGUUCCUCAGUGUGUCUAAAGGCUCAGAGGAACCCCCUGUCUUCCUGGAGCUGCACUACAACGGUUGCCCUGACAACACACACUCUCCUCUACUGCUGGUGGGCAAGGGCAUCACCUUCGACAGCGGUGGGAUCAGUCUAAAGCCUCCAUCGGGUAUGGAUGCUAUGAGGGCUGAUAUGGGAGGAGCCGCCACCGUGUGUUCCGCCAUCGUCACGGCAGCGGCCCUCAACCUGCCAAUCAACAUCAUAGGUCUAACACCUCUCUGUGAGAACAUGCCCAGCGGGAAAGCCAACAAGCCUGGAGACGUCGUCACCGCCAAGAACGGCAAAACCAUACAGGUGGACAACACGGAUGCAGAGGGAAGGUUGAUCCUUGCAGAUGCUCUCUGUUACGCUCACAGCUUCAACCCCAGGGCCAUCGUCAACGCUGCUACCCUCACUGGAGCGAUGGAUGUUGCUCUGGGUUCAGCAGCAACAGGAGUCUUCACCAACUCUGACUGGCUCUGGGAACAGCUUCACAAGGCCAGCGUGGUAACAGGAGACCGGGUGUGGAGGAUGCCGCUGUUUGAACAUUACACCAGACAGGUCACUGACUGCCAGCUGGCUGACCUCAACAACGUCGGCAAGUACAGCCGUUCUGGUGGAGCCUGCACGGCGGCAGCAUUUCUGAGGGAGUUUGUGACGGCCCCUCAUUGGGCGCACCUGGACAUCGCCGGGGUGAUGACCAAUAAGGACGAGGUUCCCUACCUGAAGAAAGGAAUGUCUGGACGACCGACACGAACGCUGGUGGAGUUCGCUGCUGGACUGGCCAACCAAGCCUGAAGAGAGAGACCACACCCACACACUGAGCUGGCUGGAGAAGGAUUAUUCUGUAGAGACAGAGACUGUGGUACCGUGUAGAAUCACAGACUACAUCCCAAAUAGCACCCUAUUCCCUAUCUGGUGCACUACCCCAUAAGGAGUCUGGUCAAAAGUAGUGCACUAAAUAGACAUCAGUCCUGUGAAGCAUUUGGCCCGCGAGCCCAUUCAGUCCGGCCUGUGGGUGGUGUGAUGAUCUUAACGGACAUUGAAAUGACAAAAACCAACUGGAAACUGUAGAAUUGAUAAUGGACCUACAUUUAUAGUCUCUUCACUCUGUCCAGCUUGAUAAGUCAUUUAUAGUCUCUUCACUGUGUCC